AUGGCUUUAAAUUGGAGAGAACUACUCAAAAGUUCGCCUCAUGAACUUGUGAUUUCAGGACCAAAACAUGCGAAACAAGUUGAGGACGAGAAUGGACUCAAUGAUAUUAUAUUCCGUAUUCAUUCUUUAAAUUUUAUGGAAGUCAGUAAAACCUCUCUCAAUGUUUUGCCAAUGAAAAUCAAGGAAUUGGAAAAUCUGACUGCACUUAUGUUAUAUGAUAACAAAUUGGAACAUUUACCUAAAGAGAUUGGUUUAUUGAAAAAAUUGAAAACGUUAGACUUAUCUAAUAAUCAGAUUACCAAACUACCAAAAGAAUUGUCCAAUUUAACUGAAUUGCAAUCGCUCAAUUUGAUUAAUAACAAAAUUUCAGAAUUACCUGACAAUCUGUCCAAUUGGUCUAAUUUAAUUGUAAUCAAGUUCAGCCACAACAAAUUUCAGCAAUUUCCACGAGGACUUUGUAGCCCAACUUUCAAGCAACAUUUAACUGAAAUUCAUGCGACAGAUAAUGAGAUCUGUGACUUACCGAUUGACAUCUGCCACCUCAGCGCUUUGAGACACCUGGAUUUAGUUAAUAACAAGAUACAACACGUGCCCGGUGAACUGGCUGAUUGUACAAAAAUCAAAACACUGGCUUUACAAGGCAAUCCAAUCAAAGAUGUACGUUUGCAUAAGCUGGCCGAAAAGAACCCAACCAAGCAGAUUAUGCAAUAUAUAGCUAAAAGUUGCAAACGAGGUGGCGUAAUCGAUGAAGGAAGGAUCAUUCCGAGUGCCAAAGCAAGAAAAAAGAAUCUCUCAUCAUCAUCUGACAAGAGUGCUAAGAGUGCUGAAGAUGUUCAAAACGAUGGUGACAAUGGCAAUAAUAUUGAAACUACAACUGUCGUUGAUAUUAACAAACAGCAACCAGUUGAAGCCAGAAAACCUGAAGCCCUCCACCCAACUCAUUCUAAUAAGAGAAACGGAACAAUUAAAGUAGGUGAAAUUGAAAUAAUGGCCGUCCAACCGGACAAUUGGUUUAUUAUUGAGGCUGAAAGUUCG